CCGGUAUUCUUCAAUACAUAUGGUUUGGUUGCGAAAUGCCCACCCACCAAUCGAAUCACGUGCGUCGCGGCGACGUGUUCUAAUAUCAACUCUCGCCUUAAAUGUGAUUUCCUCCAUUUUCAAAAUUUUCCCAAGUAAUUCAAGUCAAAGAAAUACUGGGAGAAUGGCCUGUCCUUCAUAUCAAAUACAAUUAUCACAUUUGCAGAAUCUAAGAAUCGUGGAUUCAUGAAAAUUAUGCUAAGAUGAUAGUACGAGAAAAAACGUUAAUUGUGGUGUUACUUGCACUUUUGAUUUACACUGAAGAUAAUUUAGGUAGAGCAUUUCAACCGGAAUUUAUCACUCCUAUUACUAACGUAACGGUAGCAAUUGGAAGAGAUGCAGUUUUUACUUGUUUAGUGGAACAUUUAGGAGGUUACAGGGUAGGAUGGGUGAAAGCAGAUACAAAAGCCAUUCAAGCAAUUCACGAUCAUGUAAUAACUCAUAAUCCACGAGUGUAUGUGUCACGUGGCGAUCAUUCGACAUGGAGCUUGCAUAUAAAAGGUGUCCAAUUAGAAGAUGCAGGCGUGUAUAUGUGCCAAAUAAAUACUGAUCCAAUGAAAAGCCAGACAGGUGUCUUAACUGUACUUGUACCUCCGGAUUUUUUGUCAGGAGAAACAUCAAGUGAUGUCAUGGUCAGAGAAGGCGGACAAGUAACAUUAACUUGUCACGCGAAAGGAGUUCCAAAACCCACAGUCAGUUGGCGUCGAGAAGAUGGAAAGGACAUAGUGUUACGUCAAGUACAUUUGGGAAAAGCCAUUCAAAAACCAAAUAAAAUUGUUGUUUCAGAAUAUAAAGGAGAAGAGUUAAAAUUAAUAAACGUUCUUCGACAUGAAAUGGGUGCCUACUUCUGUAUUGCUAGUAAUGGAGUUCCUCCUGCUGUCAGCAAACGUAUCAUCGUUAAUAUACAUUUUCCUCCAAUAAUUCAUGUGCCUAAUCAACUAGUUGGAGCUCCCCUAGGGACUGAUGUAGAUUUGGAAUGUUUUGUCGAAGCAUCACCAAAGGCGAUAAAUUAUUGGGUCGAAGAUAAGGGUUCAAUGAUUAUUUCCAACAUGAGACACGAUGUUCAAACAACAAUUAAAUCACCGUUUGAAGUCCGGAUGAAAUUAACCAUCCGAAAUAUACAAAGGCAAGAUUUGGGCUCUUAUCGUUGUGCAGCAAAGAAUUCUUUGGGAGAGAUGGAAAGCAAUAUUCGUUUAUAUGAAAUUUCGGGACCCUCGAAAACACAGACUGUACUUCUACCAGCUCUUUCUGAUGAGAAACAAGAUGAAGAUGAUGUUAGUGUUAUUAUUGUUGGUGCGAAUAAUAUAGAAAAAAAAGAAAAUAAACCAGUAGACAAUACAGUUCAUGGACAUAUAGGAUACACAACAGCUUCCACAAUACCAUCUACCGCUAAGAUAAAUAAAAAACAUCACUCUAAUCCUAAAAUUUCAUUAUCGAGGGGCAUCAAAAUACAUUCCAAUAAUAAUAUUUUUAAGAUGCUAUUAAUUGUGCUUGCAAAUCUCAAAUGGCAACAGUGAGAAAUCAAAGCAUUUAAUGCUCUUUAUACAUUAUAUAUUAUAAACGGCUUGAUGAUCCAUUAAUAUGGGUUCUGUUAUAUACACAUCAAAUAAAAUAUACCUCAAAAAAAAGCAAGAAAGAUGAAAAAGGAGUCUAUGUAAGAUUUUUAUCAAUAAAAUGUUAAGGGUUGUAAAAUUUCUUUUACAAAAUCUAUAUAAACAGUAUCAAAGAAGAUAAAGAAAUUAUGUUCUAUUUAAUAUUAUAUAAAAUAUAUGUAUAAUAAGAUAACAUGUGUUUUCUUUUAUUUCAGACAAUAUAGUUAUAUAAAGAAAUAAUUUAUAUAAAUGUUAAAGGAAAUCUGAAAAUGCUAUAUUAUUUUUAAAACCUAGAUUGAUCUAGUUUGCUUUUUAAUUUAAUGUUACAAAAAAAAUUUACAUUCUGAAAAGGUUAAUCUUAUUUAUGAAUUUCAAUGACAAUAGGAGUAAUAUGGGGCAACAUAAUUAGUUUUACAUUCAAAUAUGUACAUGUAUUUAAAUACAUAUAUAUCUAAGGAUAAAAAACUGUUAAUAUUUUUUAUUAAUGUUACAAUAUUUUCUCACAAUAAUUACGUUUGACUUCGAAUUUAACUGAAUAAUUUUAGUGUAUUUGUAAAAUAUUAAGUAAUUCUAUGAGCUAGUACGAGAGUAUAAUCCCAAUCAGAAAUCGGCUACUGGCGCAGUACUGGUACCUAUAGUAUUAGCGCCAGAGAAGGCUUAACUUUCGAAUGAUAACAUUUUGCCAGUACUGAUCCAGUAUUAAAAUUACUUUUAUUGAAAUAAGUUUGUAAAAAAUAUUUUUAUCUCAUUCUUUCAUAAUUUUUUAAAAAGUAAUUUUUAUAAUUAUUAAUUUUUUAUUAUUAUUGUUAUUAAUUAUUCAAAAUUACAUUUCACUUUAUAUUAUUAACAUUGAAAAUAUAACACUUUGAAUUAAGAUUGAAAAAUCUCGCACACAUGGGGGAUCGAACCCUAGACCUUGAGGGACACGAACCGAAUACGCGGAUCGCACAGCUACGUAAGCGAUGUGGUACUGUAAUUUCUGAUUGGGAUAUGAUAAAAAGAUGUCUUAAGUUAUUGUAAGAAUUUUGAAUUGUAAAUACAAAACAAAAAUUCUCUUUGUACCUGGUUCUUGAUUUUAUUUUUAGUUUUUAUUUCUAAAAUGAUGUAAAUAAAACAGUUAAC